GAAGCUCUCUCACCCCAAGCUAGUCCAGCUCUAUGGUGUGUGCUUUGAGAACACUCCCAUUUGUCUGGUAUUUGAGUUCAUGGAGAAUGGCUGCUUGUCCGACUACCUCAGGAGCCAGCGGGGCAGUUUUUCAAAGGAAACCCUUCUGGGGAUGUGCCAAGAUGUGUGUGAAGGGAUGGCUUAUCUGGAACAAAACUCUGUCAUCCACAGAGACCUGGCCGCCAGGAACUGCCUGGUGGGAGAAUCCCACGUGGUCAAGGUGUCUGACUUCGGGAUGUCGAGGAUUGUCCUUGAUGAUCAGUAUACCAGCUCCACAGGUACCAAGUUUCCAGUCAAGUGGUCUGCUCCAGAGGUUUUCUCCUACAGCAACUACAGCACCAAAUCUGACGUUUGGUCAUUUGGAGUGCUGAUGUGGGAGGUCUUCAGUGAAGGUAAAAUCCCCUAUGAGAAUCGCACCAAUGCAGAAGUGGUGGAAGAAAUCAAUGCAGGAUUUCGGCUCUACAAACCCAAACUGGCCUCCAAGGCAAUUUAUGAGGUCAUGAGCCACUGCUGGAAGAUG